UCUUGACCUCCUCCAUCACCAAAGCGUCCCCACCAAACCCUCGAAUCGGCCUCGGAUAGUUUCCCGUGCUUUCUUUAUUGCAGACCCUGCAGAGCCGUACCGGGAAUCUUUCCUCGACAUGUCAAACCCAGCGAACACUACUCAUGCCGCCUACGAUCAAGGAUUGGGGCGUGCAGCCUCGCCUGCGGACUCAAUAGGCACCAAAUAUGCGGAGGAUCAGACCACUUACUCGGAGGAUGAAAUGGACAGUGAGACCUUUGAGCGAAGAGUCAUGCAGCAAAUUCGUCUCGACCAACCACGACCCCAGGAGGAGGCUAUACGGUCUCCUCUGAUCCCCAGACCACCAGAGAUCAAAGAAUUUCAUUUGCAACAGAACUACAACGCCCUCUCGCAGCGCGUACAAAAACUCCAAGACGACGCCGUCUUUGAACGAAUACUCCUUCGCGGUCCCCGCUUCGCGCUCGACUCUGUCGAAGUGCAGCCCACAUCCGACGACAUAGACACCCUGAUGCGCAACAUGAUGGUUACGCCCGAUACCAGCGAGCGCCAGCGCAUGACCAGGGGACCAUGGAGCGAGAACAGCACGUUGAAUCCUUCACAACAAGCCAACCAGGUUCUAGACCACAAAUUCUCGUUCACGAGCGGCGGGACCGCAUCGACGAUGAAGAGAAUUCCUACGAAGGGGAAGGGGAAGGCUCGGCAAUAACAUCGCGCACCUCGAAGGCAUGCGUUCGUGGCGAUCGUAUGUUGAACCUGUUUGCGCGUUAUUCCGGAUGCUUUACGGACUUAUUCGCUUGGAUUACUGUACUUUAAUGUAUCUCUACGGAUCGAGGAUACUCUCCUAUCCUGUUGUAUCAUGCCCUACUCUCCCCAAAGCGUUUGCAGACGCCACACCCCUCCCGCGUCUGCCUGCUGAAAAAUCAGCGGGGAUAUCGACGGC